CACAUCUUGAUCAAAGCGACGAUCGGCGACAAUUUUAAAAGAUCCUCUUCCAGUCUCUUGCUCGACCACUCUAGUCCUGCAGAGAUUAAUGAUGGUCUCUAAACGACCGUUAGACGUCUAUGAAAGCCCUUCAGCAUCACCCCGUGGUCCCAAACGUCGACAACUAUCGCGUUCUUUACCGCCGUCCUCGCCCUUUACCUCAGCUUCUUCAUUGUAUGCGACACCCAGAACGCCUUCUAGUCUCAGAAAUUGGAAAGUGCCCUUUGACUCCCCCACCAACCCAUUUGGUCGCGCUCGGCGGCUGACAACAAGCACCACACUUCCCCGCCCUUCUUCCUAUGCGAAGCACUUGCCACUCCGCUUCCAGCUGAUCCGCCCGGAGGGUGAUGGCAGAAGCCACGCAAACAAAGAUGGGGUCUACAGAGUUGUUCAAGUCCCUCUGACUUACACACUCGGUCACCUGCGGAAGCUUAUCAAGUUUGUCUUCCAGCCAGCAAAGGAAAGCGAGAUGGGCGGAUCAUACCGUUUUCGACGUGCCGCACGGCACGCCAGUAUCCCACUACAUGCAAGUCACCCUGUGUCCUCUUCGUCCAAGGGUAAACAACCAGCUCCGGACUUCGGUCCCGAGCCAGGACAUUUGUUCGAGGUGCAAAACGAUAUAGAAAUUUCGCGUUCUGGGGAGAUAACAAGCGGGAAGACAACGGUCAAAGCGUCUACCGCGAGAGACCCGUACCACUAUCCUGGCAAUGGCUCAGAGGAGGACUUCAAGCUUUCGCAGCUCUGGGCUCCGGGCGGAGACCUAGAGAAAGGUAUCAUAUAUCAUCACGACUCUACGACUCAAAUUCACAUAACGUUAAACACGAAGAAGAUCCCAGGUCGCAAGGGCACCUAUUCGGACCGUCAUCGGCAACAGUCUUCCAUAAUCCUUACUGGCAUUGAAGUAACCCGGUGGAAUGGUAUAUUGGCGUUUGAGAAAUUCUUGAAGGCCGAGGAAGAGCAGGAGCGCCUAGAACGUGGCGUGGGGGAAGAGGAUGUUGAUGCAGAAGGGGAAGUUGACCCUGAUAUCCUAUCACCCCAUUCCCCGCCUCGCCAUCAACGAAACGCCGUGUGUGACUACGCAAAUAAACGAAUGCUCGAGUUGACGAAGAAGGUGAGCAAAACUCCGAAUGACUGGGAUGCCGGGGAUGACAAGAGGGAAGAAGAGUUCGAUGAGCUUGACGAUGAUGAAGAUCCUGCAGCGGAAGAAAAACCAAGUGACUGGGAUCCUUUCGGGCCUGACGAAGCUGAAAUAUGAGGUAUUGUUCACGUCACGGUCGAUUAGCUUAUACAUAUGAGCGAUAUACUAUAUAAUCUGGCAUAUCUUCUGUUCACACUAGUAACAUCACAACGAUUCUGACGUGUGUCAAUAUGUACAAUGGCAUUCUUAACAAGUUC